AUGGCAUAUCAGUGGUCUUGCUCAGCUCUAGUUGACAUAGUUGCCGCACCCAACCAAGCUUUUCCUUACCCUGCUCCGCGAUGUCAAGAGGAUCAGACCUCACCAACCCGUUAUGCUGGUUACCCUGGGUUGUGUCCCUUUUUCCCCCCUCACCACCUCUUCUCCCCUCACCAAACCUAUCGAAACCCUAGAAAUCGGCCCUCGCACUCCUCCUCCUCCGCCGUAGCACCCGAAGGAGUUGGCACCCAACGUCGAGGUGGCGGCGGUGUUGGGCGAGGAGUCCGGCGACCGCUUCCUGGCUGUGCUUGGGCGAGGAGUCCGGCGGUGUUGGGCGAGGAAUCCGGCGUGUUGAAGGUGCGGAACGAGGAGAAGGAGAAGUUAUUCAUGGAUUUGAAAAUUAUUAAAAGAUUGUUGGAUUGGCCAAGGGGAAGUAGACAAUACUUGGAGGGUGUUGGUGGUUUUCUUGAUUUUGCAUUCAGGAACCCAAUUUGUUCUGAGAGCAAAAUUUGGUGCCCUUGUGUGAAGUGUGUCAAUAGAAGUAAGCUGGCUUGGUUUUAUGUCAAGGAUGGGACACUAAUGAGCCUUAGAGAAAUGGAUUUAGCUCCAUGGAAAGCUAGAAGCAUUGCUAAUCUCAUAGAGGUGCUCAAAACCUAG